AUGGAAGGGCUAACUGGAGAUGACAUUUAUCUUUGGUGUCAGAGGAAGGGGGUAAACCCCAGAAAGUGUAUUGGAGUAGGAGGAGAGUUAUCAGAUAUCGUGGAUGAAGCUGUAUUACGUAAAGUGGGUACACUAUACGGAAUAAUGAAACCCAAUAUAGUAGAUCAGUGGGAUGACGAGGCAGGAAAGAAGAUUGCUGUACUAAUCGAAACAGAAAAAGAAUUAGACGUUACCCUAAUACCGUUAAUGAUAAUGGCUGAUGAAGAAACCGGACGAAGAUGGUCUAUUAUUGGUCCUAAUAUCCGAGAAGACGACUCCACAAGUGUUCCCGUUUCUGCAAUGAUCUCGCCUGAGAGUGUGAAUAGAGGAGAGGCUAGUGGAAAUGGACACAAUGCUACAAAUAUGAAUGGGGGACAAUUCGAGACCAUGAUGGAACGGGUGGUCUCACAACUUGAGAGGUGGCAUUACGAAGGGAGUUAUAGGAGGUUGAGGAUAUUCUCUGGUAUAGUGCCCGUACCUACAGGGGAAGAGCCUUAUGAAUCCUGGAAAGAAGCAGCCGUCCAACAAGCUGAAGAAUGGCAGUGUCCCGAUAAGAUAAAGCGACAACGAGUGGUGGAAAGUCUACGAGGACCUGCUAUGGGGAUGAUACAAGCUGCCCGGAGAAGUAACCCAAACGCCACCCUGGAGACUUAUCUGGAAGCUUUGGACUACGCAUAUGGCACUAUGGAAGAUGUAGGGGAUCUUCUAUCAAGAUUACAUCACACUUUUCAAGAAUCUGGAGAGAAAUUGAGUGCCUAUGUCAUAAGAAUUGAUAAAUUGCUGUAUAAGAUUGUAGAAAAAAAAGGUAUCACCAGAGAAGAAGUAGAUAAAAGUCGUAUGAGACAAGUAUUACGAGGUGCUUUAACGACUGAUCCUGUAGCACAGAAAUUGAGGUGUUCCGGAAAAAGAGAACCACCUCCUGGAUUCAACGAGAUACUAAAAGAAAUCAAACAAGAAGAAGUAUUGAUUGAGAUGAGAGAGAAGACAGUAAAGAAGGUUAAGGUAAUACAAACAGUGAAUGAGACUUCCCCAUUAGAGGAAAAAAUAUUAAAAUUAAUGGAGGAACAGAACAAGAGGAUAGAACAAUUUAUUGCUACACAAAACAGCAACAACCCUUCCCAGAAUACUACAUCUAGUGAUUCAACACAGAGUGGAGGUAGACGGGGCAGUGUCAAUAACAGGGGUUGUUUUAAGUGCGGGAGGAUUGGCCAUCGAGCUUUUGAAUGUAAUUUGAAUCGGAACCCGAACCGGAUGUAUAGUAAUCCCUCCCAUAACACUGACAGUGAAGGUCAAGAUCGGGGAAACGGACAAGGGAGACCUGUGAACCCCCCAUAG